AUGGUAACAAACCACCCUAAGUGCAUAAUACAGUCAUACCUUCAAUGGCUGCAAGAUAGUGAUUAUAAUCCUAUUUGCGAAAUUUGCACAAAAAGUUUAUCUGAGGGAGAGUGCAUACGGCUUACUUGCUACCAUGUAUUUCAUUGGGAAUGUGCGGAAUCACGAUAUCGUGCACUUCCACGCACAACAGCACCAGCAGGCUAUCAGUGUCCAUCCUGUGCCACACCAGUAUUUCCACCACCAAAUUUGGUAUCACCUGUUGCUGAUGUUCUUAGAGAAAAGUUGGCUGGAGUGAAUUGGGCUCGAGCUGGUCUUGGAUUACCAUUGCUUUCAGAUGACCAGGAUAUGAAAGGUGCUGCUGGCCGACGUAGCCAAUCCCCAAUGGACAAAUAUCACUAUUCUAAUAACAUAAUGGACAAUCAACGUGGAACACCCGUUGGUGCAAGUGAUGACGAGUCAACAAAUCGUUCUGCGACAAGCAGUCCACAUUCCAUAGUUCAAAUUCCUGAUGAGCCUGUUAAUAUAUAUGAUGGUACAUCAAAACGAAAUGACAGUUUACAAGCUGCACAAGCAUCGAGGAAGGGUUUCAAACCAGUCGACCACUCUAAUGUUUUAACGAAUUUCGAUCAUGAUGAAAAUAAAUACAAACAAAAAUCAACAUUUGCCUGGAUAAACAGAUGGUGGAAGAAUACACUUCCCACUUCACGGGUGAGAAGAGCCGGUGGCAUCUAUAGACGCUACUGGAUUUUGUUGUUUGUGCUGAUUGCAGUAAUAAUUAUUUUAUUGCUUCUUAGUCACCGAGAUGUCGAUGAAGAUACACCAUUUGGAUUUGUCCAAGUUGAAGAUGGAAGAAUAUUACAGAAAAACUAA